AUAACGAAUCAUGCGGUGAAUAACGAAUGCAUUCGUUAAAUAACGAAUCAUUCGGGGAAUAACGAAUGCAUUCGUUGUCUGUAAACGAAAGUAAAGAAAUAAUUCUACAUUCUUUUAAUUGGUCCUUGGGAGGUCACAUGAUCGGAGUUCAUUGUCACAUGGUACCAUAUGGUAACUUUUAGCCAAUUAGCUUAUUCCAUUCGAUCCCUACUGUAUUGCAGACAGUAAGGCUGUUUUAUUCAGUUGUGAGGUAGUCCUGUGAGACUUUGGCUGGUGGUGUUACAGUUGCAGUGUGUGGAGUGAGUCACUGGAUUUGCAGAAAUGGACGGUUUACCUGAUGAUAACUUGGCUUCUGGCACAGAGACAACAGGCAAACAAGCUAAGGUAACACCUGCACUUUUUUACAAAAGAGGAUCAGCAGCAAGGCCUGCAGCAAAGUCCCAUGCUUCAUCAAGUGGCCAUACUCAUCAUCAUAUCCAAGGAAAAAAUAAGACAGCCACCACUAGUGCUGCUACUGUGGCCCUUAAUGUCUCGCAAUCUGUUAGACACCAAGAAGGAGAGGGAAACAAGAAGCAGGGUUCACAAUCAGACAUGGACAUAAUGCAGUUAAGUACGCCUCUUCAAGGUGUAGACAUUGGAAGCAUAGAAGAGGAGGUACCCCUUGAUUUCAUUCAUGAUGUGUCCAGUCCUGAACAAUAUCAAAGUCCUGUAUCGCAACUCCUAUUUACAACUGACCUUCCAGAAUCAUCAUCACCCCCAUCAUCCUCUGGCUCUUUAGUUGUAAUGGAUACACCACCCUCCCAUUCAAGUAGUGCCACCGUCGCCAGUACAAGGCCUCCAUCUUCCAAAAGCUAUUGCCUCCCGCAAAAUGCCCCAUCUGCACAACCCGGUUCCAGUUCCAGCCGGAAAUCUAAAGUUUGGGAGCAUUUUUCUAUAGUUGUGAUGGUAGAUCAGCUAAAUGUAAGCUAUGUGGCAGGGAAGUCAGUCGUGGUAGAGUUAUAGGGCAUCUGACUAAUUCUGGCAUGAAUCACCAUUUGCGCACACACCACAAGCCAGUCCUGUUAAGAGAAGACAGUGGGUUGUUGUCACCUCCACCCAGUAAAAAAAAGGGCAAGUAGUGCUAGUUCCAGUGCUACCAUCAGCCCAGAUAACCUGGACAAGGGGCACAGAGGGGAAGCUGUUGACUCCAGUCAAGCAAAACAGCCCACCUUGGAUCAAUUUAGUGGAUUUCAUUCCAGGGGGAUUUCAAGACAGCAGUCCCGUAAAAUUACCCGCCUCAUUGGCGAGCUCAUAGCCGUCGGGGGAGCUCCCUUUAACAUGGUGGAGGGGGAACCGUUUAAACGUCUAAUGCAGGCAGUUGCACCCCAGUAUGUAAUUCCAUCCCGUACCACAUUUAGUCGCAGUAUAGUACCCUCCUUACAUUAAUCUUGUGUGGAGUUAAUAAAACAGGAGCUAGGCAGAGCCACAGGACAGUGUUUACAUUUCACCACAGACUUGUGGAGUGCUCCCAGUGGGCAGCAUGCCUUCUUAUCACUAACAGCACACUGGUGGCAGCCCAUUGUAAUGGAACCAGCCCAAAUUACAUCAGGGCCAAGAAACACAGGAGCUGGUGUUGUAGAAAAACCAAAAUCAGGGGCACUGCUCAUUCCUACUGCAUGCAGAGGUUUUAGAUGAGCAGCACAGCUCGCAUAACAUAAACCGUGCAUUACAGAAAAUGGUGGCAGAGUGGCUUGGGGAGCAGGCAAAUACACAGGUAAAGAUGGGGUUUGUGGUCACUGAUGGGGCAGCCAAUAUGUUAAAAGCACUGCGGGAUGGCAAAUUUGUUGGUGUCCGAUGCUCCGCCCAUGUCCUCCAUCUUGUAGUAAAGGCUGGUAUAGAUGACACCACUGAGAGCAAUACAAAGCUCUCUGAAGUGUUAGACUCCUGUAGGAAAAUUGCAGGCCAUUUUCAUAGAAGUGUGAAGGACAGUCACAUUUUCAGGCAGGAGCAGAUUAAGGCAGGUCUUCCUCAACACCGCCUGAAGCAGGAUGUAAGCACCAGGUGGAAUUCUACAUUGGACAUGCUUGAAAGAAUUCUGGAGCAACAAAAAGCAAUACAUGCAAUGUCACAUGAGCAGGUCAUCGGUGUGACCAGACCACUUAGCAGGGAGGAGUGGAAAAUAAUAGCUCAGGUGGUGACUGUACUAAGCCCCUUUCGUGCAGCCACAGAAAACCUAAAUCAAGAAAAUGCAAGCUUGGCUCAAGUCAUCCCCCUCUUUACCCAUCUUGUUAACAAAAUGGAUGCCAUCCUCAACCAUAGAGAAAACUUGCCUGGAGGAUACAUAGUACCUGAUGUUGCCACACUUGUCAGAAGACUGCAUGGACAAUUAAACCGGAGGAUCCCAGAGCUCACUGAUGCUUGCCCUGAAUUGAUGCUUGCCACCAUGUGUGACCCCCGAAUUAAGGGCAAAAUGGCACUCCAAGCCAAUUCCCUAACAAGCUGGAGAGAGAAAUUAAUCAACAGGGUGUGUGACAGGCAAAGACACUUGGUUGUGCCGUCAGAGAGGGACGAUGAGGAUGAUGAUGAUGAUGAAGAAGAGGAGGAUGAGCCUGCUAUGUCAUCAUCAUCACCCAUCACAAACACUGCUGGACACUCAUCAAGAGCUGCUGACUUUUGGGCAGAAACUUUGCAAACCUUGGUCGGACACAACAGACAACCCUCAAGGAUACCCAGAGAUAAGGUUGCAGAGACUGUAAAAAGUUAUUUGUCUGAACCCCAUCUGGCACCUACAGCGGAUAGUCUCAAGUACUGGGAUGAAAGGAGGGCAAUUUGGCCUGCUCUCUCCAUGGUGGCCCAGGAGCUCCUAUCCUGCCCCCCAACCUCUGUGCAAAGUGAACGGGUAUUUUCAGUCACUGGCAAUAUUCUCUGCCCACAGCGUUCACAGCUGGCCCCUCAGCUCAUGGAGCAGAUGACUUUUCUUAAAGUAAACAUGCCCAAGCUGGGAUACCCUGCCCUAAGCUUUGACACCAAUUAGUUAUGAGUUCUACAGUUCAAGUUAAAAGUUGAAGUUCUUGGUUACAAAUUGGAAUGUUGGAUCCCGUUGUGUUAUCAGUUGUUUGAAAAAGUUAAGAAAGUGAACAGCACCAUCAAACAGGUUAGUGGUCUGUCAAUUUUCUUCUUAGCCUCCUAACAUUACAUUUAGAAUGCUAAUAAUUUCUAUUUAAUUUAUAUCUUUCCCUCCUUCUUUUAGGAUUUAGUGGACAUUUAGUGGACAUUUUUGUGGAUACAACAAGGACGUCCAUUUAUGUGGUAAAGGAGAUCAGCAAAUCAGUGGAAGGAUUUGGCACCAUUUUGUAUGAGGUUACAAUAUACAACUCAACAUGAAACUUUGGUAAUAGAAUACAGAGGUUUGUGAAGGUGCCCUGUUGUUGCUGCUGCUGGUGUCAGCCAAUGGAGGUGAUUGGCUGAUUCCUGAUAUUGCCAUCAGGAGGUCCACCCUUAGCUGUGCUGUGGCCUGAAGGUGCUGCUGGCUGACCCGG